AUGGCAUCUCAAGUAGUAGGAGUCAAGAAUAUCAGUGAGGCUGGAAAUGCUCACAAUGAUCAUGGUUUUUGUGGGAGGAUGAUGAACAAGGUUGUCGAAUUUCCUAUGAAGUUAAAGAAGCUAGGGCAAGAUGAUCCGAGAAGGAUUGUUCAUUCUCUCAAAGUAGGACUAGCAGUUCUAUUGGUGACCUUACUCUAUUACUUAGAUCCUCUCUAUGACGGCCUUGGUGCCACAGCUAUGUGGGCUGUUUUAACUGUUGUGGUUGUCUUCGAGUUUUCCGUUGGAGCAACACUUGGAAGAGGUUUGAACAGAAUUUUGGCAACAUUCCUCGCAGGUUCUUUGGGAUUUGGUGUUCAUCAUUUGGCAAAUCUUUCAGGAGAAAAAGGUCAUCCCAUACUCGUCGGUGGUUUUGUCUUUUUACUUGCUGCAUUGGUGACAUUUUUCCGCUUCUUUCCUCGGAUUAAGGCAAGAUACGAUUAUGGACUCCUGAUUUUUAUAUUGACAUUUUGUAUGAUAUCCGUAUCCGGAUACAGAGACGACGAGAUACUAGAAAUGGCACACAAGAGGGUCUCUACAAUCCUUAUAGGUGCCUUCACAGCUGUGUCUGUGUGUGUUUUCAUUCGUCCUGUGUGGGCUGGUGAUGACCUACACAACUCGGUGGCUACCAACAUCGAAAAACUUGGGAGCUUCUUAGAAGAAUUUGGGAGUUCAUGCUUUAAGAAGCCUUGCCAUGGAAGAGAGUCUAAUAUGACACUUCUUAAAGGAUACAGUAGUGUUCUCAACACGAAACAGAGUGAAGAGAGUCAGGUUAAUUUUGCUAGAUGGGAGCCUAGACAUGGUCGGUUUAGGUUCCGCCAUCCGUGGAAACACUAUCUGAAGAUCGGAAGCCUUACCCGACAAUGUGCGUACCGGCUUGAUACUCUUAAUGGCUACAUUAACUCUGAUAUCCAGAAACCGUUAACUAUCAAAAACAGCAAAGUUCAGGAGCUGUGCAUGAAGUUGAGCUCAGAGUUGAGCAAGGGAUUAAAAGAACAAGCAUUUUCCAUGAAAGUAAUGACACGACCAACCUCUGCUCACAUAACAAAAUCAAGAGCUGCAGCUAACACCCUGAAAUCCUUUCUUAAGUCGCCAGACUUGGGUGAAGACAUUCAUCUACUAGACAUCAUACCAGCAGUGACUGUAGCUUCACUGCUAACAGAUGUGGUUUCCUACGUUGAAAAAAUUGAGAAAUCCAUACAAGAACUGGCCUCGCUUUCACAUGUGCGAUUCAAGAGUGCAGAACCAAAUAAGGAGCAAGAGCAGUCUGAGCAGACAAAGUUACAUAAACAUGGCAUAGUGCACCCUUGUGCUGAUAAAAACGAUGGACCUCAUCAUGUUAUCAGCAUUGUUCAACUUCAACCAUCACUAAAGGAAAUAGCAUAG